AAUUGAUGGAGAGGAGGCUAGAGAAGUUGGCAAUUCCUUCCGAACAGCUGAUGAUGACACUGUAAGCAACAUACUGUUGGAGGGUCUAGAAUAGAGUCUGGAACAAAACACUAUUUCUCCAUAUCAUGUGACUACGUAUUACAGGCCAGGGAGAGACUUUUCCAGUUUUCAGGCGGUUACGAAUAUGUGUUGAGAUUAAAUGUUGGAUGCUCAAGCAACUUCAGCUCUGACACGAAGGCUGUUGAAAUUAGGAAUAUCUGCAGCUGGCGAGAUGCUCAGUGCGGGUCCUGGCGAUGACGGCCUCAUGAGCUCCGAGUUGUACCUCGCCGUGCGUGGGGGCAGAAAGGAGGAAGCCAUGGCGCUGCUUCUGCAACAAUACAGUGGCGCCCAUGCUGCUGAUGAAAUCUCUGGUAUACACCAGGUCAGCCCGGAGAGGAACAAUGUUCUUCAUUUGGCCGCGGAUCAAGGGCAUGACGAGCUGAUCCGGGAGCUCUACACCAGCUUUGGGGACAAGACCUUGCUCUCUUCCCCCAACUCGGCUCUGGACACGCCGCUGCACUGCGCGGCGAGGGCUGGGCAUGAGAUGGCCGUGUCGCUCCUCAUCCAGCUCGCUAUGGACAGCGGAGAUCAGAGCAUCUUGUGCUGCAAGAACGAGGCUGGGGACACGGCCCUGCAUCUAGCGGCAAGGCUCGGCCAUGGCGCGGCAGUUGAGGCUAUGGUCUCCGCGGCGCCAGGGCUGGCCUCUGAGGUUAACACUGCUGGCUUGUCACCGCUCUACUUGGCAGUGAUGAGCAAGUCGGCACCCGCUGUCAGAGCGAUAACGACCAGAUGCAGCCAUGCAUCGACUGCUGGCCCGAGCUCGCAGAAUGCUCUGCAUGCCGCAGUCUUCCAGGGCUCAGAAAUGGUCAGCCUACUACUGGAUUGGAAGGCAUCUGGCCCAUCCCUGGCCAGCAAAGCUGAUGGCACUGGCAGCACUCCGCUCCAUUUCGCUUCGUCUGACGGCGACCGCUCCAUCGUGGGUGCCAUCCUGCGGGUCGCACCACAUGCGGUGCGCAUGCGGGACUCGGCCGGCCUCUCUGCUCUCCACGUGGCGGCGGGAAUGGGCCACGCCCACGUGGCCGAGGCGCUGAUGGAGGCCUGCCCCGAUGCCACCGAGCUCCGGGACGACCGCGGCGGGACCUUCCUGCACGCCGCGGCCAGGGGAGGCCACUCCAGGGUCGUGUCGCUUGCCAUGAAGAAACCGACGCUCCGCAGCCUCCUCAACACGCAUGAUGGGGAUGGCAAUACGCCGCUGCACCUCGCGGUGGCCGCAUGCGCGCCCAGCGUCGUGGAGGCCUUGAUGUGGCGUGGCGAAUUGUGUGCCGACGUCAUGAACAACGAAGGGCACACGCCGUUGGAUCUCGCAGCUAGAUCGACCAGUUUCUUCUCCAUGUUGGCCUUGGUGGUGACGCUGGCCACGUUCGGGGCACAAUCUCGGCCUCAGAGGCGGGACCAUGUGGAGCAAUGGAGGGGCCGUGACAUAGCGCAAGGGAUUGAGAAGAUGUCCGACAGCCUUGCGGUUGUCGGCGUGCUCAUCGCCACUGUGACCUUCACCGCCGCCAACAACGUGCCGGGUUCCUAUGAGCAAGCUGACGGCACGGCACCCGACAAGAGGGUGUUCAAGGGCAUGGCGGUGCUACAGGAGAAGAUCCUCUUCCAAUUCUUCCUGAUCCUCGACAGCUUCGCCCUGGUCACCUCCGUGCUCGCCGUGAUCCUUCUUGUCUUCGGGAAGGCGUCGCGCUCCGCAGGGUCGUGGAAGAGCUUCGCGGCGGCGCUGCACUGCAUAUGGGUGUCGCUGGUCAGCAUGUUCAUUGCCUUCUACGCAGCUCUCGCUGCGGUGACGAGCAUGGAGGCGCUCUACCGUAUCAUCUACCACGUCAUAUACAUCGGCUUCGCCCUACUAUACGGCACGGUCGUAACUUUGAUCGUGCCGGUGUCGACCUGCACACUUUGGAAGGCUCUCUGGUGCACCGUCUUGAAAGGAAGGCACAACGUCCUCGGGAGGCGUCUCAAGCAGCAGUAUCCAGUCGCCCGGGCUUACGCACCCCACCUGAUUCUUUUCAUGGCAACAAAUUAAGUAGCGAUUGCCGGUUUCGUCGCAGUCUCUAUCUUGAGCGAACAAGCUGCCAGAGAGGCGAGGCAUCCUGGGGCACCUGCGCCUGCGCCUUCCUCUGUCCUCCUCUCCUAGCUCGGAGCAGCAUCCAAAUUAGAAAAGUAUACUGCUGGGUGCUAAGUUAAAACCAGGUUAGCAAUUGGUACUUAAUUCAGAAUCUUUCUCGCAGCUGGUAGAAGGUUUGUGGCACAUGGAGCGUAUCCUAGAAGCUGCCGAAGUUUUCAAAUAUCACUGCAAAAGAGGUUACAGCCUUACUAGCGAGGCGCUUGAUAUACCAAUUCAAGGGAGUUGUAUGGCUGCAAUGAUACGUGACGCGAUCAGAACGCGUUCACUAGCUGUUUUCACCGGCACUUCUUGUACAUUUUCCACUUAAAACACAAUUAUCCAAUAUCCAUGCACCACUCCGUUUCAAGAAAGAUAAGGAUAUGUUGCUUCUCCUUGCACA